CCCAGAGUGACGUCACACUGCCUGUCUUGGACUGUGUGUGUGUUUAUUGUGUAUCCUUUGAUCAGCUGGUCUAAAAGCAGGCGAAUCGCCCGAAAGUCGCAGUUGCCGGCAGCUGCGUUUUCUCAACGCGAUCGUUAAGAAUAUUGGAACGGUCGAUUAAGGAGGAAGGCCUAGAAGAAGACACUGCACGUAUCUACCCAAGCCAUGAAGUUCCAAUACAAGGAAGACCAUCCUUUUGAGUACAGAAAAAAAGAAGGAGAGAAAAUCCGAAAGAAAUACCCAGACCGGGUGCCUGUUAUAGUGGAAAAGGCACCCAAAGCUAGAGUACCUGAUCUGGACAAGAGGAAGUACCUUGUCCCAUCAGAUCUCACAGUUGGUCAAUUCUAUUUCUUGAUCCGAAAGCGAAUCCACCUGAGGCCAGAGGACGCCCUGUUCUUCUUUGUCAACAACACCAUUCCUCCUACCAGUGCUACUAUGGGUCAGCUGUAUGAGGAUAAUCAUGAGGAAGAUUACUUUCUCUAUGUGGCUUACAGUGAUGAAAGUGUUUAUGGAAAGUGAAUCUAUGCAUUGCUAGCCUUAUAGAUGGAUUGGACUGAAAGAGUUGCUGCGGAAGGAAUUUGUGUCUGGCAAAAGCAGGAAACAGGAAAAAGAACUGGACAACAAACCACGUAUUCAUGUCAUAAUUUCUUGCACCGUUAUUAUUAGAUAAUUACUAUUCAAUCAUGAGAAAAGAGCGAGGGUUUUAAAGCCAUCUGGUGGUUGGUGCUUUACCAUAUUCCCUCAAUUUCCAUUCCUAUAACUGGUGUGUCCAUAAGUUUGCCACAUGGGAACAAGUAGAAGACAGGAGUGGGCAAGCAAUUACCUAGCAAUACAAUCCAUUCCUUUCCAUACCAGGUCAGGUCAGCUAAAGGGAUUUAAUGGCAAGUUAUUCAAUCUCAGUUGGCUUUCCCUUCAACAUCCCAAAAUUAAUGUUCCUUAUUUUAAUGUAUUUCUUCUCCUGCCCUAUCUACCCAGCAAACACAUGAAAGAGGCUUAACAUCAAUUGCUGUUUUCUAAAAUCAUUACAAUCCCUUGUCCCUUGAUUUAGUUCAGAUAUUGCACUAAUAGUCUGGUUAACAGAAUCAUAUUAAUGCCACUUGUUAUAAUGGAAGUUGUGCAUAGUAGUUACCUAGCUAGCUCAAUUAAACUUUAACAAGUAUAGCACACACUCUUCUCUCAGAAUAUAAUCAGAAUCUGGACCUUGGUAUUCAAUACUUAAUACAGUUUCACUAACUGCAUGAACGUUCUGUGAUGUUCUGUGUCCUUGCUUUGUUAGCAAAGGCUAUUCCCAUCUAGGUCAUGGUUACAGUAGCUAAAACCUGUGCUAUAUUGCUAUGAAUGAAAUCCCUUGAAGCUAACUUUUACCCACAGCCUUGCUGAAACCCAUAUUCUGCAACUUCUUAUGAAAUAAUCCUUUUCAUGAUAACUAUCCUCCAUACACUCCUCUACUCCUGCUUCAUCAUAGCCUUAUUAUUAAAAGCCUGGGGAAGAUUUUACCCAACUAAGCAAAGCAGUUUCUAAAGCAACUGAUAUUCCCUCUUCUUGGUACAGCAAUUAUUCUAUAACGGCAGGUAAAAAUGAAAAAUUAGGACAUUUUAUGUUGAGACUUAUGUUUCUUAGUUUUAUGGUAACUUGGAGGGUAUUAAAAGAAAGACUGUCUGUGAAAUUAUGGAAAUUGACACUAUUAGCCUCUUUUUUUUUUCCUGCUUUGAAGUGUCAUUCUAAUAAUUUUUUUUUAAAUAGCAAAGGAAUCCGUGAAACAAGUGUCAUUAAAUUAUAUCUAAAGAGGUGAUGAAGGGCUGUUUUAGAAGAAUGGCAGAGCUGAGGGAACUUUUAGGAUGAAAACUGCAAAAAGGAAUGACUGGAAUGUGCUACACCAAUAGCCAGACAAUGAGAACUAAGCUUUCUUUGUUUUGUUCAAAAUAAAAUAAAACUGGAUACCAUUUCUGUAGUUGAUUCUGUUCUAAUGCUAAUUUUUUUCCUUUCAGUUCAAAUUCUAGUUUACUUCUGUUUGCUCAGUAACUUUAUCAUUCAGGGAGUCUUUAGGAGUCACAUUCUCAAUCCUUUCAAGACAGAUGAGUCCAAAAUUCCUCAUAUGAGCUAAAUCACAGUGCGUAAAAUGCUUACCUGUAUGCUGCUGCUAAUCAUUAAGGAAUGUUAAUGGGAUUUCAGUUUACUCAUUUGAUACACGUAAAGUAUUGCAAUGUGACAUUUUUCAUUUUUGCUUAGCUUCAGUUUGUAAAAGGUAGUGCUAAUUAUUCUUUCAAUGUGAUUAAUUCAAGCCAGCUUUAGAUUUUUGUAAAAGAGUUCUGUUAGUCAAAUAAAUACACACUUGAAAAUCUGAAA